UAAUACUACUCAUAAUCGCGAAAAUUUUUGCCACCUCCUAAUUCCCCAGCAAUUGCUAGAGUGCCAAAACUUGCGCAGUAACACAAAUUGACAAGUUGGCAGUUUGUUUUAUAUGUAGUUCAUCUAACAAAAUGGCUACCGCAGAUUCAGUGUCAGUGUUUGCAGAAGGAACUUUCGAAGAACAGAUACAAGAGCUAGUGGAUUAUGCCACUCGAAGUAGUGCAGAGGAUGAACGUGCUGCUGCGUCGCAAUCUUUCCGAGAUAUUAUUAAGCUAGAUGAAGGGGCCAAACCUACCGAAAAGGAUCAAGAAACAAAACGGAACGCAUUGACAUUUGUACGGGAUCAAACGAAAAGCUUGGGCGAUGGAUCAGAACAAGAAAUCGAGGGCUACUUCAACCUUCUCUUCUCUCACCUUCUAACACUGUGGCCGACCGACUCACCAGAAAUUAAACAUCACGUUUCCUCGCUCUUGGGUGUUCUUGCUUCAUCACCUUCCGAGCAUCCAUCAGUGAGGUACCGCGUCAUUUCAAAUUUGUUCAAUGCUACUCCUCGUAAUUCAGCCCUCCGUCUCCCUAUUUACACCACGUUACUACAAGUCGCCGCCGCAAAUGGAGAACUCGAGGCCUUGCGUCUAUCCAGAAAAGAUGUCGAGCAGUGGUUGCAAGAAUGGGAUAUCUCUGGGGAAGAGCGCAGUCAAUUCCUCAAGUCCAUUGUUGACGCAUUCAUACAAUCUGGCCAGCCAGAAACUGCUUAUCAUUACACACUUUCCUACGUUUCUUCGCUAUCAUCCUCUUCGCCUGAAAGUCAAUCUGCAGCGAUCGAUGCCAUAGCCUUGGCAUUGCGCUUACCCGCCUUGUUUGACCUGGAUCCAUUGUUCAAGUUGGACGCCGUCGUCUCAGCAAAAGAUCACGAGCUUUUCUCGCUUUUUCAGGUGUUUUUGAACAGUGGCCUACCAGAAUUAAAUUCAUGGCUCGAAAGCCAUCCCGCUGUUCUCGAAAAAUAUGAACUCGACCAAGCACAGCUUGAACGGAAAAUCCGUCUUCUGUCAUUUGCAUCACUGGGUUUUGCACACGUCGGGCAUGACCUGCCAUAUUCAGAGGUCGCGUCGACCCUGCAGAUUGAAUUGAGUCAAGUAGAGAAGUGGGCAAUUGAUGUGAUCCGUACCGGUCUUCUUUCGGGAAAGCUCUCGCAGACUACCCAAUCUUUACACGUCUACCGCUCGUCAGCGCGCACGUUUGAGCGAGAGCAAUGGGAAGCACUGGAAAAGCGACUUGUCGCGUGGAAGGCGGGUCUAGCGAGCGUGCUGGAGGUUGUUACUAGCGCACAAAAGCGCGGCAACGGUUCGGCUGUGAGUGAAGUGGUGCAGCAGGUCACGCAGACAGGUGAGACCGUUCAGGUUGAUGCCGCGUAGCCUACUACAUCAGUGUUCCUACGGUCAGUGAAUCAAGGUCACGGUUGAUGACUGUAAUUUGUGGGAAAGCUGGUGAAGUUUCUUGUCGUUCACCUGAGCAUGAGUUCGGCAUCAAUUUUGGACGCUCUGCUAACUAAGACGAGAAGACUUUGGGCACGACUGUGACUGCAUACUAAAUUGACUCAACAGACUUGACAUGUAAGCAGAACCACGCUAGCCCCUCAUCUCAUGGUCCCCAUGGACCUCCCUUCUAUGCUCCUUUUUUGAGGUUUCACACAGUACACACUGUCAGGGAACUCGGUUUCGCUCCAUGGAACUCGAUGGUUCUAUGGAAACGUGAUACU